AUGUCCCGGAGGACGCUGGGCGGAGGUCGUAUUCUGGGCACUCCGAGCGCGCUCUCAUCAGCCCCGUCCCCGCAGCCGAAGCCAAGGGUGCUGUCGCCGACCGCCAGCAGCGUUUCCCUCAGCUCGCAAACGUCUGUAUCACAGUUCUCAUCGGCGACCCAAGAUCUCACCUCGCGCAUCUCUCUUGAGAAUGGCGAUACCUCCAUCUCUGCGGCCCCGGCUGCUCCCGGAGCUCUGCUCACCUGUCCGAUCUGCAAUGAGGAGAUGGUAACUCUACUACAGUUAAACAGGCACCUCGACGACAUCCACCAAAACCUAGAAGACGACAGACAAGAUGAGGUCAAGGACUGGUUCAAGGUCCAGAUGGAGAAGGCGAGAAAGUUUCAGCCCCUUGCCGUGCUCAAUCAGAAGCUGAAGGGCCUGGAUGUCUUCGAAUCAAACGAGAAUCAAACGACUUCGACUUCGACUUCGAUUUCGACUUCGAGCCGCCCACUCGCAGCUCAUGCCGGGCCGCCCGAGGCUUCUAUCUCGGCCCCGAAACUACACGAUCCCGAAGACCUAAUUACAAAGGAACACUGGCAAGCUGGUUGUCUUUAUGAUAUGUGUCUGGAACCUUCGUGCGGGAAACGACUUAAUGCCACCAACGGGUGCGUCAACUGUCGGAAGUGCGGGAAGCUCUUUUGCGAGGAGCAUACCAUGUAUCAAAUGAAACUAUCGCGAUCGGCACAACACGAACCCGUGAGGGGUAUUUGGGCACGAGUAUGCGAAACAUGCUAUAAGUCGAGGGAAGGCUACAAUGAUCAUACCGGUACGAUCAGGGACCAAACAUCAGCAUUUAAAGCUAUUCGCAAGCAGACGGUCGACAAGGAUUUCUUGGAAGUUUCUCGGCUCGAGAAGCGAUUAACUCGACUCACGCAAUUGUUGGCCAGCCUGCCACCCGACCAAAUACAUCCUACUGCAACAAAGUUGUUCUCCAUGGCAUGGCAGAAUGAUCAGCGAAAGGCUUUGGAACAAACAAUUGUCAGUUGGCAGGAUGAUGCGAGCGUUUCUCGGUGCCCCUUUUGUCAACAGGACUUCUCUGGCUACUCCUUUCGGAGACAUCAUUGCAGGACUUGCGGGCGGGUUGUUUGUGGUGAUCCGAAUACUGGCUGUUCCAGUGAGGUGGGGUUGAGCAUCGCGCCUCCCUCCGAGAAAUCUGCUACCGACAAGUUAAUCAAUGUGGAUGUUAGGCUUUGCAAAACCUGCAAGGCUACAUUAUUCGACCGACGAGACUUCCAGGCAGACAUCACACGGAAACCCCCCGAGGUCAGGGCGUAUGAAAACCUGGUCCAAUUUGAAAGAGGCAUCCGUCUGCACCUUCCCAGGUUCCAGAAACUUCUCACUGCAUUACAAGAUCCAAGGCGUCCACCAACCUCAAUACAAAUAGCAGACGCAUCCAAAGUCCGCAAGCGACUGAUGGAUUCUUUUGCAAAGUACGAUGUUGCAGCUCGGCGCAUCCGCGACUUACCCACUCAGUCACCCACUCAACAGCGCUUACAAACAGCCAUAUAUCAACAAGCCAGCAAUUUCCUCCAUCUCCACAUGCUACCCUUGAAAUCCCUUCCCAAGGUUCUCAAACAUGCUUCUCUCGCUGGAGACCGCAUCCCCAGUCGCACAUCCUCCCCAUCCACUCCAAUGAAUGGGUUGCCUACUCCUCGACCUCAAGAGUCGGCACUUGCAUCUAUAAAAUAUAAUAACCACGUCGCCGCCAGCGGUAGCAACAGCAGCCUAGCCAGCGAGUCAAGCAGUGCUGUCUCCGCACUUGAAGCAGAAGAAAAGUCCCUGCGAGAGCGUCUAAUCGUGCUGGAGGAGCAGAAAUUUUUCGUAUCCGAAAUGAUCGCCGAUGCCAAUCGACGGCGCAAGUUCGACGAGGUGAGCAGCCUCGCCGUGAAUGUCGAGGACCUGAGCCGUGAGAUCGACAAGGUGAACGGCAUGCUCUCCGGGCUGGACUUCGAAGGCGUCUACACUGGCACAUUGCAAGCCAAUUCUUGA